AUGCAAGAGGGUGGCGCAGCAUACGGCGCCUGCCCGAAUUCGCCCGAGCCGCCCUCCGUGGCUGCCUGCGGCGUGCGGCGGGCCUCACGCGGAGGCGCUGCCGCGGAGGACGAGGCGGCGCCGACGGAGGCCGCGGCGCCGCCAGAGCUGGGACGGAGUCCGCUCUUCCUGCGGCCGUCCGUGGGGACCUGGCUGGCGCUGCGGCCGAUGCAGGCCACCCACGCCGCUGCUGGGUGCGGGGCGUGCGCGAUUGGCACCGCCCCGCUCACCGCCCCGCUGCACGAGUCGUCGCGGGUGGGCCAGGCGGCCGAAGCCCCGCGCGAGGGCCAGGACGAGGCAAACCUCGACGUGGCGAGCGAGCAUUUCUGUCACUACGUCGGCGGGCUGGGGAGGGACAUGAUCGACGGCGAGAAGGCUGUCAGGCAUGUCGAGGGCGUGCACAAUGAUGAGGCUUCCACGGACGCCGGCAGCUCCUUCGCGGCGAGUCCGGCGUCGGGCGGCCACGACUUGGAGAGCCCGGGCAGGCACGGUCCGGAGAGGUACGUGCCGCUGGCCGAGAUCGGCCGGGGGGUCUACGGCACCGUGCUCGUGGCGAGGGACUGCGAGACCAACGAGACGGUGGCGCUCAAGCGGAUCGUCAUGGACGACGAUCAGGGCGACGGAGUGCCCGCGCACGUCAUCCGCGAGGUGUCCCUGCUGCGUGACUUCUCCCACCGCCACGUCGUGCAGCUCCGGGACAUCCAGGUCUUGAGCCUCACGGAGUUCCAGCUGGUCUUCGAGUACGUCCCCGACGAGCUCCACCGGGUGCUGAAGGGCCACCGUCGGGCUGGCACGCAGCUGCCCAUGGCGCGCGUCCUCCAGUACUCGCAGGAGUUCCUUGGGGGGCGGGCGUCGUUGGGGGAAUGGGGGAGGGAAGGGAAGGCGACGAGAGGCUUGUGGAUGCAGUGGGAGGGCUAA